AUGGCUUGCCCUCAUUUGGAGGCAGCCCGUAUUAGCCCUCCGAACCCGUCCCAGUCUGUAUACCGGGAAGAUUGCACACAAUGUUUUGACUCUAUUUGCUUCAACGGCGGCUGCGCUGGCGAUCGUGCGCACCACCGCCUCCACAGCGUGCUCCGAUCGCAUCCUCUUACUCUAAACAUUCGCCGAACCCGAAAGACAGUCGUUCGCGAUGAGCCACCCGCGAAAAUGUCGAAAUUGGCUAUCGCCGCCGAGACGGACGAAGACCGAUACGAUACAGCUCUCAAAGCGCGGUGCCUCGAGUGCAAUCUUGACCUCGACGUCGCGAAUCCUAAAUUAGCUCCUGUCAUCUCAGGUGUGGUGAAGGCAAACACGUUCUCUCGCAGCGAGGAAGUCAAGGCUUGGGAACAGGAGCUUACUAGCUGCGAGCACAUUCUUCUGAUGCAGCAGUCCGAACCUCGAAAGAUUGAGCAAGGAGCCCUUGGCCACUGCUAUGCUUGUGACUUGACAGAAAACCUCUGGCUCUGCUUGGAGUGUGGCAAUCUCGGCUGCGGCAGGAAGCAGAUGGGUGGUGUCGAUGGCAACUCUCACGCGCUGGCGCAUUCCAACGAGUCAUCGCACGGCGUCGCCGUCAAGUUGGGCUCUAUUACCCCUGAGGGUACUGCGGAUAUAUAUUGUUACAGAUGUGAUGACGAGCGCGUCGAUGAAAAUCUAGGCCCGCACCUUGCACACUGGGGCAUCAUCCUUGCCGACAGAGAAAAGACCGAAAAGAGCUUGACCGAAAUGCAGAUAGAACAAAAUCUGCGCUGGGACUUUAGCAUGACCACUGAAGACGGCAAGGAACUCAAGCCGCUUUUUGGGCCUGGUCUCACUGGUCUAAAGAAUCUGGGGAAUAGCUGCUAUAUGGCGAGCAUUAUGCAAUGCCUAAUGGACAUGCCCGCCUUCCGCGAUCGCUACUACCGCCCUGACGACGAUCUUCCCAUUGUCGAUGAUCCAGCCAGUGAUCUUGAAACACAGCUGCGAAAGGUAGCCGACGGUCUCUGGUCGGGUCGCUACUCAAAGCCAGAUCCUGCACUGGUGAAUGAGAACGGCAUAGCACACCAAAAGGGCCUCGCUCCCGCCAUGCUUAAACAUUUGAUUGGACGAGGGCACGCUGAAUUUUCGACUAUGCGUCAACAGGAUGCAUUCGAAUUUCUUCAGCAUAUUUUCAAGAUUGUCACGAGAUCCAAGCAUCACGAUGCGCUUGUGGAUCCCACAAGAGCAUUUCGAUUUGUCUUGGAACAAAGACUGCAGUGUUUGUCUUGCAACAAGGUCAAGUACAGCACCAAUGAGCAAGAUGGCAUCUUCAUUGACGUCCCUCUCGAGAAGCUUCCAGCCGUCGAGGGAGAGGAUGCUCAACCUGACGCGUACAAACCUGUAACCUUGAAGGAAUGUCUGGACAAUUUCACAGGUGCUGAAAAGGUCGAAUUGACUUGCGCAGCGUGCGGAAGCAAAGAUGGAUUCACUAAGCAGUCCCUUUUCAAGACGCUUCCUGAAACACUGGUAGUCAAUGCAAGAAAGAUGGCGGUCGUUAACUGGGUUCCGGUCAAAGUCGACGUUCCUGUCAUUGUACCAGACGAGUCCUUCCUUCUUGAUAGCUACUUGGCAAAGGGACAACAGCCAGGCGAGGAACUGUUACCAGACGAACCCAAGACACAAGCGCCAUCGUUUGUUCCCGAUGAGGCCGCCCUCUCGCAGCUUGAAGCUAUGGGUUUCCCUCGCAACCGCUGCGAAAAGGCACUUCACGCCACAGGUAACUCUGACGCGAAUGCUGCCAUGGAAUGGCUAUUUGGUCACAUGGAAGAUCACGAUAUUGAUGCACCGCUUGUUACCGAGCAGCAGUCUGGUGACGGCGCGUCCACAGCCGACCCUGAGAAGAUUGAGAUGUUGGGCGCCAUGGGUUUCGCUGCCCCUCAAGCCAAGAAAGCUCUCAGGGAGACGGGAGGAGAUAUGGAACGGGCUGUCGAGUGGUUAUUUAGCCAUCCCGAUGACCAAGGUGAAUAUGAUGAGGAGGGCACAAGCGCAGUAUCUACUGCUCCCCAGGAAUCUCCUGGGACAGCGACGUUGCCCGCACGCUUCCAGCUCCAGUCCAUUGUCUGUCACAAGGGAACCAGCAUUCAUGCCGGUCAUUACGUCGCAUUUCUCCGCAAGCCCAACCCUGAGGAUACCACCAAAUCUACAUGGGUCCUCUUCAACGACGAAAAGGUAGUUGAGGCCUACGAGGUGGAGGAAAUGCGCAAGUUUGCCUACGUAUACUUUUUUUCGAGGUGCUAG